AUGGGCGGUUUCGCAAGGGCGCCCGAGGACCGGCCCACUCCGCCUGAAGUGUACAACUGGCGCGUCUACUUGGCUGCUCUCGUCGUUUCCAUGGGCGUUCUUGCAUAUGGCUAUGACAGUGCGUUUAUUGGGACAACGAUUGCGCAAGAGUCGUUCCAGAGAGACUUUGAAAUCAACAAGGAGAACAAGAACGACAUCACCAGCAACAUCACGUCCAUCUACUCGGCUGGAGGACUCGUAGGAGCACUGUGCAUGUAUCCCUUCCUGGAGCUGCUGGGCAGACGGGCGACCGUCAUUGUUUCAGAUGCUAUAUUCAGUGUUGGCGCUGUCAUGUGCACUGUUCCAAGAAACCAACUCAGCCUCGUCCUUGCUGGCCGCUUCUUCACUGGCAUGGGAGUAGGCGGCAUAGCUGCUGUAAGCCCAACGUACAUUGCCGAAAUCUCGCCAUCUGCUAUCCGCGGCCGUCUGACUGGUUUCUUCGAGUCAUUUUACCAAACCGGCGCUGUCAUAGGUUUUUGGAUCAACUAUGGAAUCGUUCACAACAUGGACACAAAAACGUCUAUUGCCUGGAGGAUACCCAUGGCCGUGCAGCUCAUUCCAGCUGGCCUCCUGGCUCUUAUGAUUCCCGUUCUCAAAGAGUCGCCGACCUGGCUGCUGAAACGUGGUCGAGAAGCCGACGCCUUGAAAUCAUACAGCUAUUUCCGAAACUUACCAGAAGAUCAUGAAUAUGUUCUUCAAGACGUACAAUACAUUAAAACCGAGAUUGCCAAAGAGCGGGCCACACUUCUCCGAGGCGAGAAACACCCUACAUUUCUCAACACCGUCAAAGCUGCCGCACGCGAGGCCGCCAUGCCGGGCAUGCGUAACAGAUUUCUCCUUGUCUUUCUCAUGUUCAUGUGGCAAGCAUGGUCUGGAGCCGCAGCAAUUAAUUACUAUUCUCCUACCAUCUUCACGUCCAUUGGUCUUUCUGACGUCACCUUCUACACUGGAAUUUAUGGCGUCACCAAAGCCGGAGGUUCCAUCAUUUAUUUUACUUGGUUUAUCGACAUGGUUGGUCGCAGAUGGCCUUGGAUUGUUUCUUCAGUUAUUUGCUCGCUCUGCCAGUAUUAUCUUGCUAUCUACAUCGCACUGGGCAAGCCUACUAUUGGGGAGUCAAUGUCGGCAUCCAUGAUCGCUGGCGGCAAAGCAGCCACCGCCUCUAUCAUGCUUUUCGGCGCAGCUUGGUCUUUUGGCGCCAAUGGCGCCUGUUGGAUUAUCUCAGCGGAGAUCUUUCCCGCUUCACAACGCUCUGUUUCCGGACCCUGGGCUGCUGCUAGCGUGUGGAUUUGGACGCUAGUCGUAACAAAGUGCUUGCCGUCUAUGUUCUCAAGUAUGGGGUGGAGUGUUUAUGCAUUCUUCGCAACCUGUCUUAUAGGUGCUGCGAUAUACGCUUAUUUCUUCAUACCGGAGACGAAAGGGUUGCGAAUGGACCAACUGGACGAAUGGUUUGGCUUCAAGAGACAACAAGAGUUCAUCUUAGACACAGACAAAGAAAAAGGGACGAGAGAGAGUGAGCGUUUCGACAAAGUCGCUUCACAGCGGACUGAGGCUGUUUAG